GGCGGAGGGGGGAAGAUGGCGGCGCCCGUCCUGCUGAGAGUGUCGGUGCCGCGGUGGGAGCGGGUGGCCCGGUAUGCAGUGUGCGCCGCCGGGAUCCUGCUCUCCAUCUACGCCUACCACGUGGAGCGGGAGAAGGAGCGGGACCCCGAGCACCGGGCCCUCUGCGACCUGGGGCCCUGGGUGAAGUGCUCCGCCGCCCUUGCCUCCAGAUGGGGUCGAGGAUUUGGUCUUUUGGGUACCAUUUUUGGAAAGGAUGGUGUAUUAAACCAGCCAAACAGUGUCUUUGGACUUGUAUUUUAUAUACUACAGUUAUUACUUGGCAUGACAGCAAGUGCAGUUGCAGCUUUAAUCCUCAUGACAUCCUCCAUCGUGUCUGUGGUAGGGUCUUUGUACCUGGCCUACAUUCUGUACUUUGUGCUGAAGGAAUUUUGCAUCAUCUGCGUCAUCACAUAUGUGCUGAACUUCAUUCUUCUUAUCAUCAACUACAAACGACUAGUUUACUUGAAUGAGGCGUGGAAACGGCAACUACAGCCCAAGCAGGACUGACAGCCUGACGAACUCGAAACUGACAGUCCGAAGUCCCUUUUCCAUUAAGUUAAUUUUGCAGCAUUUUUUUUUUUUUUAAUUCUUCACAACAGACACUUUCCCUAAGAAUCUUAAACUGAUUUUUUAAAAUCUUGUAAAUGAGAAGGGUAUUUUCUGUGUCAAUCUUCAUUUUAAAUAUGGAUACAAAAAAAAGAGUAUACACCGAGCCAAUCAAAGACAAGCUUUAACUUUACUUUGAAGAUGUUUCUGAAAUAAUUAAAUGCAGCCCUCAGUUGUAAAGUGAGCAACCAUUGCUAGUGAUCUCCAAUGUGCAUAAAUUCAAUUUCAGAGUGAGUCAUGUGACCAAACCAUCAAGUCCAAGGCCUUCAGGACACUAAGAUGGGAAAAUGUGUACAUUUCUUUGGAGAAACGCUGGAAAUAUCAAUAUGAAAUUUUAAGAACUUACUGUACUGUUUAGUUGAAGUGUAGCAAUGAAGAAUUGUCAGCUCAACACUGACGGAAGAAAAAGUGAAAACAGUUAAGUGCAUACAGAGCAUCUUGUGAAAAGUACUGACAGCGAUGGAUCCAGCAUUGCCAGCAAAAAUAAUAGGGUAGUUGGUUCCCUUUCAUCUCCUCCUUCUGCAAGGAAGAAACUAUUUGGACAUUCAUGUCAAACUUGUGUCUAGUCGUAAAACUGGAUCGGUUCUACCUUACAGAGUGAGUCAUGUGACCAAACCAUCAAGUCCAAGGCCUUCAGGACACUAAGAUGGGAAAAUGUGUACAUUUCUUUGGAGAAACGCUGGAAAUAUUAAUA